AUGCCAUUCAAGCUUGGAUGCCUAAUACUCUUCUUGCCCUCAUUCUUUAGUGAAAGUCAAAAAUCGUGUUACGCAAAUUCGCUUUUGUUUCAACAAAUCACUUCAUUUGAAUUCGAAAUGGCAAGACCACAAACUAAACGAGCACCUAAACCAAAGGCCGUUAAAAAGCCCAAAGAGCCCGAGACAUUUGAAGAGGUCAUGGAAGCUGGUGUUGAGGCUGAGGAACAGGGCGAACGUUACGCUACUGGUGAUCGAGCACAACGAAAAUAUGAAGUUGCUGCUGAAUACUAUUCAAAGGCCCACAAACUCAACCCAACUGAUGCCGAUUGUCUAUACAAUUGGGGACGUGUUCAGUUUUUGCUGGUUAAUCUGAUGCCUCCUUAUACUCAACCCGAGAAGAAGCUUGCAAAGCUUGAUGAAUCCAUAAAGACCUUUAGAAAAGCUCUUGAGCUUGAACAGAACAAGUCUGAUGCCCAAUUCAACCUUGCCCAGGCUCUUCAUCAACGUGCAGAGACCCUCAACGAAACAACAGAAAUCGAUAAUGCCUACAGUCAAUCUGCCAUGGCUUUACAAGAGGCAAUUUCUUUGUUUGACAGCGUUUACCAAUUGCAAGAAAAGGAUUACAAGGAAUCGCGUUUGGCAGCAAACCAACCAACCGAGUCCCUUGAAGAGUCGUCUACUGAAGAGCAUGUACAUACCUCUGACUGUAAACAUGAACAUGAAAAUGAACAUGCACAUGAACAUGCACAUGAACAUAAUGCCGAACCAAAUGAUGCUGACUCUAAACAAAUGACAUCCGUGACUCAGGUCGAGGCAACCACAACCACCUCAUUGAUCGACACUCUCAUUUCAACCUCGGAGACGAUGGCAAGUAUGGCUUCGAUGCUUGCCUCCUUCCAGGCCUCGACUGAUCUUUUUAGCCGUGCACGAUCCAAGCUUGCCCUUGCCGAAAAGUGGCUGUCCGAUAUUCCGGAGACCGAAAAGGAGUACAAGCUCAACCGGAUCCAGAUCAACCUCAAGGAAGCCCAGUGCUUUUCUGCCAUGGCCGACCGUGCGUUCCUUGCGACCGGAAAACCCGACCAGAGUCUGUUCAACCGUGCGGUCGAGUGCCUUGACGAGAUCGUGGACCGGUUUGAUAGCACAAAUGUGCAGGCCAUGUGUGACCGCGGAGAUAUCCUGACAUCGUUUGCCCAGGCACUUGUGGACGCAGCCCAAAGAAACAACAACAAACUUGUGCCCGAGACGACCGGAAAGGAGGUCUGGCAAUUGUUUGCCCAGGCAACAAAGUCUUUCCAGGCUGGUCUGGCAAUCGAGCAAAAGAACUUGAGCAUCCUCAACAAACUCGGUGAUCUGUGCAUGACCAGGGCCGGGCUUGAUUUACCUGUGGCCGAGAGAAACAAGGCCCAGCUGUUGAAGAACGCAGAGUUCUAUUACAAGCAGGCAGUUCAGACCGAGAAGUUGACCCUGACUAGCGGCUGGGUCGGCUGGGUGUUCAGUCUCUGGGCCCAGGAAGAGUGGUUGGGCACAAAGGGCAAGAAGCAAGAGGCAGCCAAGAUGAUGAAGAUGUGGAUCAACUAUGGUGGCAACCAUGCCAUAUUCCAGAACGGUGCUGAUGAGAGUGAAGUUCUGGAUCCCGGUUUUGUCGAAUGGGUCAAUGAAACCUUUUUUGAGGAUGAAUCCGAAGAAGAAUCAGAUUAAUUAAAAAAUGAAAAACAUACAUACAUGCAUACAUAUAUACAUACAUACAUACAUACAUACAUACGAACAUACAUACAUAUAACAUAUAAAGAGGUAUAUAAAAAUAUAGAGAUAUGCGCUUGGCUAUAAUUAAAUAGCCUUUGUUCUUGUC